AUGCCGAUCAGUAGGAUCGCCAUCGGUUCCCCGUUGGAGGCGAGGCACCCUGAGGCUCUCAAGGCGGCGCUCGCUGAGUUCAUCUCCACGCUCAUCUUCGUCUUCGCCGGCCAAGGCUCCGGCAUGGCUUACAGUAAGCACCUCUCUCUCUCUCUCUCUCUCUCUCUCUCUCUCUCUCUCGCUCUCGCUGUCUCUCGCUCUACCUCCUCUCGAGUCGCCGGCGACGGCGAAGACUGAGCGAGUCCGUCCUGUUCGUGUGACCUCGCAGACAAGCUCACCGCAAACGGCGCGGCAACGCCUUCCGGCCUGGUAGCGGCGGCGCUGGCGCACGCAUUCGCGCUGUUCGUGGCCGUCUCCGUCGGCGCUAACAUCUCCGGGGGCCACGUCAACCCCGCCGUCACCUUCGGCGCCUUUCUCGGCGGCCACAUCACCCUGCUAAGGGGCCUCCUCUACUGGAUCGCCCAGUUGCUCGGCUCCGUCGUCGCCUGCUUCCUCCUCAAGUUCGCCACCGGCGGCCUGGUAGCUACCGUAGAGAAGAAGAAGAAGAAGAAGAAGAAGAACCCUUUCCUUGGCCUUCCUUCUAACCUUCCUCUUCUUGUUCGGCAGAAAACUGGGGCGUUCGCUCUGUCAGAGAAUGUGAGCGCGUGGAACGCGCUGGUGUUCGAGAUCGUGAUGACCUUCGGGCUGGUCUACACCGUCUACGCAACGGCCGUUGACCCGAAGAAGGGGAACCUCGGAGUCAUCGCUCCCAUAGCCAUCGGCUUCAUCGUCGGCGCCAACAUCCUCGCCGGCGGGGCCUUCGACGGCGCUUCCAUGAACCCCGCCGUCUCCUUCGGACCUGCCGUCGUCAGCUGGACCUGGGACAACCACUGGGUCUACUGGCUCGGUCCUCUCAUCGGCGCCGCCAUCGCCGCCCUCACCUACGACAUCCUCUUCAUCGGAAACAUCACUCACGAACAGCUCCCCGUCGCCGAUUACUGA